CAUCCUGAGAACCCAGAAGCACGAAUGAAUGUGAGCCAAAUGAUUUUACACUGGGGCUAUCCCAGUGAAGAAUAUGAAGCUAUAACUCAAGAUGGUUAUAUACUUUCCAUUAACAGAAUUCCACAUGGAAAAACAAAUGGCUCUCAUUCAGUCCAGAGGCCUGUUGUGUAUCUCCAGCAUGGCUUCCUUAUGACUGCCAGCUGCUGGAUUUCCAACCUGCCAAACAACAGUCUGGGUUUCCUACUGGCGGACGCUGGUUAUGAUGUAUGGCUAGGGAACAGCCGAGGGAAUGUUUGGUCCAGGAAACACCUGCGUUUAUCUCCAGACUCCAAAGAAUUCUGGUCUUUCAGUUAUGAUGAAAUGGCCAAAUAUGAUCUUCCAGCCGUUCUUGACCUGAUCAAGAAAAAAACUCGGCAGAACAAAGUGCAUUAUGUGGGACACUCUCAAGGCACCACCAUUGGGUUUGCAGCAAUGUCAACCAACCCCAGAGUAUCUAAAAGGAUCAAGAUAAAUUUUGCAUUAGCUCCAAUCUCCAUUCUUAAUGAUCUGCAUGGUCCCACUGCUUUCUUGGCAUAUAUGCCUAAGCCAUUGUUUAAGAUUCUCAUGGCCCUUUGA